AAAAAGGGCAACUGAAACAGCUAAACAACGCCAACUUCACCAGCAAGCUGAUGCAAAUGCUCACUAUACUUGCACCAAAAACCAGCAUGACGCUAUUACUCACCUUUCGCGACAGACAACUAAUCUACAACUACUUAACUUCGCACGUAACUUCUCUGAAGUUUUAAAUACUAACAAGCAUCCUUUUCCACACCAAAUCGACAUCGAAAGCAGCACUAAUUGUACUCAUUAUAAUGUCUUAAAACUGCCUAUGAAAAGACCUGGAAUGUGUUGCUCAAAUAGUAAGGUGGUGUUAGCUGAAUCUAAUAUACCACCACUUUUGAAUCAUCUUUUUUCCACUAAUAUUCCUGGACUUGACUUAAGAACAUAUAACACACCGACUGCUUCACAGGUAGCAGCAAUUUGGGUUGAUGAUGAAGUGCUUUCUAAUGUAAUUCAAAAAUGUGAUAUUGUAUUACAUACAAAUAUGGACCAAUUGAUUCACAUUUCCGAAUUUAAUGGAUGCUAUGACCCUCUGGUGUAUCCAAUUCUGUUUCCUUAUUGUGAACAAGGCUGGUCUCCCCAUCAAAUCCCAUAUAGAGGUGUUUUUUUAGUACCUGACGACAACAAUGUUGAAAAUUCUGAUCUUGAUGAUGAAAUUAAUGAACCAUUUCAUAAUGAAACGCUCCAAAGCAAGAGCUCUUAUCCUAAAUAUCAUCGUAGACAAAAUGGUAGACAAGUCGAAGUAAGAGUAGGAAAUCGAGCA